AGGAGGGACAGGGCUGGCAAGCGGGGCUGAGGGGGCUGGGGGCGGGAGAGAUGCCGGCGGCGGGGGGGCCGCUUCCCUCUCGCCGGGGCUAUAUAGAGCCCCGAGCAGUGGGGCGAUGCUCACUUUCAGGGGCGAGGUGCUGAGCUGGGCCCCGGCCGCCAGGCAGAACCGGGCAGGUAGGCGCGCGGCUCAGGAGCCCUGCAGCCGGGAAGGUGGCAGCGGAGCCGGGGGUGUGAGAGGCAGAGUGGGUGGGAACAGGCAGCGCCCGCCGCCAGCUGAGCUCGCUCCAAACGGCCCGCGUGCUCUGGGCGCAAACUUGUGCUCCGGGACUGGCUCCACUUGCUGCAUCUGAGCUCGCCCCGCGGGUCCGAGCGGGCGCUUAGGGAGCGGGGCGCUCGCGUCCGCCCUCCCGCUUGCCUCGGCUGCUGCCUUCGCGCGCUCUGCCCUGCCCUGCCCUGCUCUGCCUUGCCCGAAGCCGCCCCAGCCGCCGAGGGCUUCUGGGCAUCGAGGAGCAGGAGGCGGCGCGCUUGGCUCGGAGGCAGCGGCGGCGUCCCAGCCAGUUGCCCUCGGGCGAGGGGAGAGGCUUCGCCGCUGAAGUGCCCCGGCGCUCCUUCCUGGUUGUUCUCCCUUCGCCUGCGGGCUGCGCUCGGGCGCUGCGCUCCACAGCCAGUCCGUCGGGGCAGCCGCCCUCCCUGCCUGCCUCCCUCCCCGCCGCAGCCAUGAACAUCCUCGUGGAGUUCUUCGUGGUGACCUUCAAGGUCCUGUGGGCGUUCGUGGUGGCGGCGGCCAAGUGGCUCCUGCGGCCCAAGGAGAAGAGCGUGGCCGGCCAGGUGUGCCUGAUCACGGGCGCCGGCAGCGGGCUGGGCCGCCUCUUCGCCCUGGAGUUCGCCCGCCGUCGGGCGCGCUUGGUGCUGUGGGACAUCAACACGCAGAGCAACGAGGAGACGGCCGGCUUGGUGCGCCACGUCUACCGGGAGAUCGCCGAGGAAGCCGUCGCCGCCGCCCAGAAAGUAGCUGGGCAUGGAGAAGAGGAAGUGCUACCUCACUACAACCUGCAGGUCCACACGUACACUUGCGAUGUGAGCAAAAGGGAGAAUGUCUACACAACUGCUGAGAGAGUCCGCAAAGAAGUUGGUGAAGUCUCAGUCCUGGUUAAUAAUGCUGGUGUGGUCUCUGGCCAUCAUCUCCUGGAAUGUCCUGAUGAGUUGAUUGAGAGAACCAUGAUGGUUAACUGCCAUGCACACUUUUGGACCACUAAAGCAUUCCUUCCGAAAAUGUUGGAAUUGAAUCAUGGGCACAUCGUGACAGUUGCAAGUUCCCUUGGCCUGUUCAGUACUGCGGGAGUAGAGGAUUACUGUGCCAGUAAAUUUGGAGCCGUGGGCUUUCAUGAAUCUCUAAGCCAUGAACUGAAGGCAGCUGAAAAGGAUGGGAUUAAAACAACACUGGUCUGCCCUUACCUUGUAGACACUGGAAUGUUCAGAGGAUGCAGAAUUAGAAAAGAAAUUGAGCCAUUUCUUCCCCCACUGAAACCAGACUACUGUGUAAAGCAGGCUAUGAGAGCUAUACUUACUGACCAACCUAUGAUUUGUACGCCUCGCUUGAUGUAUAUGGUCACUUUCAUGAAAAGCAUCCUGCCUUUUGAAGCCGUCGUGUGUAUGUACCGAUUCUUGGGAGCAGACAAGUGUAUGUACCCCUUCAUUGCUCAACGCAAACAGGCCACAAAUAACAAUGAAGCGAAAAAUGGGAUUUAACACUUUACGACGGACUAGCAUUUGUAGCAGAAUUAUGAUCAAAACCUACAACUGAAUUGUGAAGUGCACUUGCAUUUGGCUGAUGCAAUCAUUAAAAAUCUUUUAUUGUGGCAUUCUCUUGGAUCUUUUACCUGUAUAGUGGGCAGAAAAAAAUCAUUGUUUUUACAUAAUGUAUAUAAAGUAACUCAAGUUCUUGGAAACCAUGUCAGAAAAAAAAUGAAAUUUAGAAUAUAGUGGUUACCUUUGGUCUGUUCAGAAAUUUUGCUAAAUGUACAGUAACUUUAGUCACAAUACUAUUUUGUAGAAAUAAACCGUUAUAUGAAUUUCUCCUGA